AUGGAAGAUAAAUUAAUGCUAGACGAUGUGUAUAGCACUUUAAGAGAGAGGGUGUUUUUCGCUGCAAGAGAUGGAAUGUCGUUAACAUUGUAUGCUUUGUUAUAUGAAAAAAACACAGAUGAAAUUGACGAUUUGCUAAAUAGCGAUGUAUGUAGUGAUGGAGUAAAAUGUACCCCUCUAAUAGCUGCGGCUCGCCAUGGACGAGAGGCAGCCGUAAGAAUACUUUUAGAAAAGUUUAGACCGCCUGUCAGAUUGGAGACAGAAGGAACAGUAAAGUUUGACGAAUAUGUUAUUGAAGGCGCAACGGCUCUAUGGUGCGCCGCCGGGGCGGGCCACUUGGGCAUAGUCAAGCGGCUGGUGCGCGCGGGCGCGAACGUGAACCACGCCACGAAGACGCUCAGCACGCCGCUGAGGGCGGCCUGCUUCGACGGCAGGCUGGACAUUGUCAAGUAUCUGGUGCGGCACGGCGCGGACAUACACAAGGCGAACAAAUACAACAACACCUGCCUCAUGAUCGCCGCGUACAAGGGCCACUUGGACGUGGUUCAGUUCCUGUUGGACAGCGGCGCUAGGGUCGACGAGAGGGCGCUAUGCGGCGCCACAGCGCUCCACUUCGCGGCCGAGUGCGGCCACGCGGCCGUCGUCUGCUCGCUAAUAGACCACAACGCGAAGAUGCUCGCGAACGAGAACGGCAUGACGCCGCUCCAAUGCGCCGCCGAGAGGGCGCGCGCCUCCGUGGUGGAGAUGUUGGCCUCAAGGCCAGAAGUGACUAGAGCCCAAGCGAUAGAGGCCUACGAACUCCUGGGCGCCUCCUUCGCCAACGACAAGGAGUACUACUGCCUCAGGAUGGCGUACCAGUACCUGCAUAGGGCGAUGGCGAUGCGCUACGACACACGCUACGGUCUCCUGCUAAAGAAGCCCGCCGAACCAAUACCGGCCUACGACAACUGGAGGGAGAGCACAACCCUUGAGGAGGUGGAGCGGCUGCACGGGAACGCGCACGCGCUGCACAUGGAGGGGCUGGCGGUGCGCGAGCGCGUGCUGGGCCGCGGCUGCCCCGACCUGCCGCACCCGGUGGUCUUCCGCGGCGCCGUGUUCGCCGACGAGGCGCGCUUCGACCGCUGCCUGGCGCUCUGGCGGCACGCGCUGCAGCUGCGCCACCGCAAUAGGGUGUCAGUCGUGAAAGACCUGUUAAGGUUCGCGCAAGUCUUUUCACAAAUGAUUCACAUCGGCAUCGAGUUGCCUCUGAAAGAGGUGUGUUUCGUUUUGGAAGCAUGCGCAGAGGAAUUGAAAAGGGGCCAGUACAGGAUAGAAAAACCCCAGAUCAACCAUGACCCCGAGGCAUUGAUAAGCCUGGCUCUCGCUUUCACCCUCCAGGAGGAGUACGAGAGCAACGUGCGCACCGCACUCUACCUGUGCGCGGUGGCCGCGAGGCUGCUCGAGGCGGACCACGACGAGGAAGGCAGAUGCGCUGUGCGGCGCGCUGUUUUCGGUUUGCGGAGGGCCCGUUUGCGCAGCGGCCAAACCCUCCUGCACUUGGCGGCCGACCGUCGCACGCCCGUAGACGACUUCCACACCAGUGACGUCUGCCAAUUCCCCUGCACGCGGACCACUCGUCUGCUGCUGGAAUGCGGUCUGGAGGUUGACCUGGCUGACGACAUGAGGCGCACUGCUUUGCACGUCGCUCUCAUAUCCUUCCAACUCAUACCCGACGACCAGCAGCAGUGGAGCGAGUCGCUCUGCGGCGUCGUGUGCGAGCUGCUGUCGCGCGGCGCACACGUGGACGCCGUGGACAACGACGGCAUCACGCCACUGCUCGCCUCCAUAGGGGGGCCGGCCGAGGGCCUGGUGCGCGCGGCGCUGCGGCCGCGGCUCUCGUGCCUGGCGGCGGCCGCGCUCGCCGCGCACGGCGCCACCUACCGCCCGGCGCAGGUGCCGCGCGACCUGCACGCCUUCCUCGCGAUGCACGGCGUGCGCGCCGCGCGC